AUGCAUUCUUUAUUAAUUGCAAUUCUAGCCAUUAUUCAGGCAGGGAUUUCCCAAGCCGGAACUCUUGAGGUCAUAGAUCACGAUGGGCAAUGUCUGAUGUGGUCUAACGAUAAUUAUGGCUGCACGGGUUACUCUGCGUCUUUUGGUCUUCUUGAUGGAGUUGAUUGUUCAGAGCUCAGCGAGGUCGUCAAUGGCAACCGUCACGGUUUAAAUGUGCUCAAGGUCAAUGUAUGCGGUACAGAAGACGGUUCGCCUGCUGCCUGGAUUCAGGUGAACCACACGGGACUUGUCACUUUUUCCAAUAAAAAUGGAAAUCAUGUUUCCUGUAUGCUCAAUUCUGGAUUAAAGGCUGGUAGCUGGUGCAUUGCAACAGAAGAAUUGGACAAAAUGAAGUCCUCCUCCUACUCAUCUACGAGUAAACUACCUACCAGCACUCUACAUACCAGCUCUCCAUAUACCAGCUCUCCGUCUAUUAGUACUCCAUCUAUCAGCACUCCAUCUACCCGCAUGCUAUAUACCACUACUUCGGAAAUCACGAUCACUAGUGCUUUUUGGGCUAAAACAUAA